AGAAGGCAAGGCACCAUGGCCAGAACCCGAAACCGAAUCGAUUCGAUGCCGGUCGAAUCGGGGGUCAUCUCUAUAUAUAAGGGAGGUUCGCCGAAGCUCGGGCAGCUCAGCGUUGCAGCGAUGUGGCGGAUGCGGAUGCGGAUGCGGUUGCGAAUGCGGCUACUCACUGGCUACCUGGUCAUCCUGGCCGUUGGCCAAUUGGUGGCGCAGCACGGCGUCCUGGGCCAGAAGUACUACAUGAACUUUGCCUUCAACAACAACAAUCCGGAUGCGAAUGAUGGAGAUGCAGCUGGCCCUAUUGGUGUUAAUGCUCCUGGCGGUCCUGGCGAGGAUUCCCAGGAUGGACAGCCACAUGAAGGGGAUGACAGUGGCACCGCGGAGGGACCCAUUAAAAUCCCCGUGGACGAUAGCAAAGCAUCCAGCGGCAGUUCUGAUACGAAAUCCACUAAUGAGGACUCCGAUUCCAAUUCCGAUUCGAAAAGUGAUAGCGAUAGUGGUGAUACGAGUGAAGCUGGAAUUUAUUCGAAAAGUGAUAGCAAUCCGGGAACCGAUGGCGGUGAUGGCGAUGAUGACGAUAGCGACAGCAAGGAUGAUCGGAAUCGUCGCGAGAAGUUGGCGAGGCAAGAGGAACUGGGAGGCAAUCCAGUGGAUCACAGUCACCACAGCAGCUACGAAAUCAGCAUCGACGACAGUUUCGGCGGCAGAUAUGUCCGUUCGAUCUACGAGAGCAGCGAGAGCCAUGGACACUCCGGCAGCAGAGCGGGCUCCAAUCAGCGGGACAGUGGAGCCCCCGAGAGCAGCGAGGAGAAGCAGCAACCCGAGGAGACCAACGGCAAUGGUCCAGCACCCGAAGAACCUCCAACGCUAACCCUUGACGCCGACGGAAAUGUGGCGGAUGCACCGGACAAUGGGACACCUGGAGGCAAGGAGGAUGACUACGAGGAAGUGAUCUAGGGAGAUCUAGGAUUGGAAAAGCUCAAGGAACUUUGGAAGGACGCAGCCACUUUAAUUGAUUCUUAUUAAUAAAAUGACAAUAAAAUGUAAAUUUCAA